AAAUAUACAGUAGAGUCUCACUUAUCCAACAUAAACAGGCUGGCAGAACGUUGGAUAAGUUAAUAUGUUUAUAUUGUUUUGCUUUUAAGGUGUUUAUAUUGUUUUGUUUAAGGAUCUGUUUAUAUUGUUUUGUUUAAGGAUCUGUUUAUAUUGUUUUGCUUUUAUGAUUGCAUUUUGGGCAUUAAAUUUUGCCAAUUUUGUAAGCCGCCCUGAGUCUCCUCGGAUGAGAAGGGCGGGGUAUAAAUGUUGUAAAUAAAUAAAUAAAUAAAUAAAAUAUGUUGGAUAAUAAGAAGGGAUUCAGAAAAAGCCUACUAAACAUCAAAUUAGGUAAUGAUUAUACAAAUUAAGCACCAAAUAUCAUGUUAUACAACAAAUUGGACAGAAAAAGUAGUUCAAUGCUCAGUAAUGCUAUGUUGUAAUUACUGUAUUUACAAAUUUAGCACCAAAAUAUCACAGUGAAUUUAAAACAUUGACUACAGAAACAUUGACUACUAAAAGGCAGACUGUGUUGGAUAAUCCAGAACACUGGAUAAGCGAAUGUUGGAUAAGUGAGAUUCUACUGUAAUAUGAAAUAAUUACUGUGGUUAUCCAGUCCAACCCAAUUCUGCCAUGGAGGACACAAUCCAAGCACGCCCAACAGAUGGCCACCUAGCCUCUCAAUAAUAAUAAUAAUAAUAAUAAUAAGAAGAAGAAGAAGAAGAAGAAGAAGAAUAUCAUACAAUCAAAAGGUUAGGAGACUCCCCUAAGGAUCAUCCAGUUCAACUUCCUUCUACCAUGCAGGACGACACAAACCAAGCACUCCUGACAGAUGGCCAUCCAAGAUCUGCAGAGUAAUAAUACACAUCGAAUCAUACCAUCAGACAGUUAGGAGACACUCCUAAAGGCCAUUCAGUCCAACCCAAUUCUGCCAUGCAGGACACAAUCCAAGCACUCCCAACAGAUGGCCACCCAGCCUCUCAAUACUACUACUACUAAUAAUAAUAAUAAGAAUAACAACAUCAUCAUACAAUCCUAAGGUUUGGAGUGACCCCUAAGGAUCAUCCAGAUCAACUUCCUUCUACCAUGCAGGAGGACACAAUCCAAGCACUCCUGACAGAUGGCCAUCCAGCCUCUACAUAAUAAUGAUGAUGAUGAACAUUAUAAUAACACUAGUAAUAGUAGUAAUAAUAAUAAUAAUAAUAAUAAUAAUAAUAAUAAUAAUAAAAGCAUAGAAUCCAAGAGUUUGCAGAGACCCCUAAGGGCCAUCCAGCCCAACCCUUUCUACUAUGCAGCAGGACACAAUCCAAGCAUUCACAACACAUGGACAACGUAUAAAUACUAUACAAUACUACACAGGGACAUAGACCCCCUCUACCCUCACCACUUAGUACACAAACAACCAAAUCCAUACUAAACAUAAAGACAACCAUACAACAGACAUUCAAUACCACCACUACCUCAACAAGUUCUCACCAACACCAUCAGACAACGCCACAGCAAUGCGUGGCCAAGCAAAGCUAGUCUACUAUAAAACCCCUGGUCUAUAUAUUUCUUUUAAAGGUUCUGUCAUGUAGUUGUCAUGUGAUUAAUCUGUUUGUUUAUUUGUGGCACAGUGAAGAAGAAAUUAAUGAAAAGUGUGGGAAUGAUGCCAUUACCUAUCUCGCCUUUCAGCGCCAUCUCAUCUGCCUGUUGGUUGUUGUCAGCAUGUUGUCUUUGUGCAUUAUACUUCCUGUAAAUUUAUCAGGCAACUUACUUGGUAAGAAACCUUUGUACCAGAGGAGUUUCUCUAUUGUCUUCAGCACCCUGAUAUCAGGGCUUACUGACUCAUUUUGGAUUUAUUUUAUUUAUUUACAGUAUUUAUAUUCCGCCCUUCUCACCCCGAAGGGGACUCAGGGCGGAUCACAUUACACAUAUAAGGCAAACAUUCAAUGCCUUAACAUAGAACAAAGACAAGACAAACACGGGGCUCCGAGCUGGCCUCGAACUCAUGACCUCCUGGUCAGAGUGAUUCAUUGCAGGCUGGUGCAGCUGGUUGCUCAACAGCCUGCGCCACAGCCCAGCCCAGAGUUUAUCUAAAUAGUUUAUCUAAAUAUAACUAUAACUGUAGUUCCAGUGAUCAAAUUGGAAAAAGUGGUUUAAGCAAAAUAUUAAUAUUUCAGUAUUUUGCCUACUGCACCAUGCAUGUGGCAUAACAACAUACAUGCAUGUGUAUUGAUAUUCAUGCAUGUGCAUUGUGUAUAUUAAAGUACCAUCAUGCACCUUAAUUAGCAUGAUCUGAAGUAUUUAAUUCAGAGUAAUGACUAUUGCUUAAGAGAAUGAAUCUGUCCUCUGCACUGGCAAUCAAAGUUACAUACAUUUCAAUAGUCUGUGCAUGUACAAUAAUGACUGAACUGAGUUAAGCAGUUUUCUGUCAUAGAAUGAUACAAAAAGUCAACAACCUCUAAUAAUCCGAGGAAUUUUUAUUACUUUGAAUUCAUGAAGUAAUAGUAAUUCCUUGAACAGAUUAGCAGAUCUGAAAUUAAGGUGUUAUUAAAUUGGCAAAAGGGCCAUGCAUGUAAUCUGUACCUCAAUGCACAAUAUCAUCUUCAUUUUCAGUGAAUAUAUACUCAAAAUGUAUGUUUCUUUUUCAUGCAAUGCUUGAGCUGAUGGGAGUUAUAGAUAAAGACCCUUAUAGCUUUGGAAGAACUACAAUAGCAAAUUUGAAAACAGGUGACAAUCUUCUCUGGCUGCACACAAUUUUUGCUGUUGUUUACCUGAUCUUAACAGUUGUCUUUAUGAAGCAUCAUACUAGCUCAAUCAAGUACAAAGAUGAAAGCGUCGUAAAACGCACAUUGUUCAUAACUGGUAUUCCCACAAAUGCCAAGACAACGUUAAUUGAAAAUCACUUUCUUUCAGCAUAUCCAACCUGUCAUGUCCAGGAGGUCCAAUUAUGUUAUGAUGUAUCCAAGCUCACCUAUUUAUAUCAAGAGAGAAAACAGGCAGAGAAAAGCGUGGAUUAUUAUACACAAAUGUUUCUGAGGUUUGGUAAACGAAUUUCCAUACACACAAAACCAUGUGGCCAGUUCUGCUGUUGUGAUGUCAGAGGUUGUGAAAAGGAGGAUGCUGUAGAGUACUACACAAGGGUUAGCGAUAAAUAUCUGGAAGAAUAUAUGAAAGAGAAAGAGAUCAUCUAUAAUAAACCGUUGGGGAUGGCUUUUGUAACAUUCCUGGAGAAAUCCAUGGCAACACAUGUUAUUAAAGAUUUCAAUGCCUGUAAAUGUCAAGGCUGUAGAUGUACAGGAGAGCCUCAGCCAUCAGCCCAUAGCAAAGAACUCUGCAUCUCAAGAUGGAAUGUAACAUAUGCUACCUAUCCAGAGGAUAUUUGUUGGAGUAAUCUCUCAGUCCGAGGCAUAAGGUGGUGGUUUUGGUGUCUGUGCAUCAAUUUGCUCCUUUUUCUUGUGCUCUUUUUCCUGACCACACCUUCUAUCAUUAUCACAACGAUGGACAAGUUCAAUGUAACCAAACCCAUUCAUUAUCUUAAUAAUCCUGUUGUUAGCCAGUUCUUCCCAACAGUUCUUCUGUGGUCCUUUUCAGCUUUACUACCAACUAUAGUUUAUUACUCGACAAUAUUUGAAUCACAUUGGACAAGAUCUGGUGAAAACAGAAUAAUGAUGCAUAAAGUUUACAUAUUUCUGAUCUUCAUGGUGUUGAUUCUGCCUUCACUUGGAUUGACAAGUGAUAUUUCUUCUAGUCUUGAUUUCUUCUUUCGUUGGGUGUUUGACCAAGCAUCUGAAUCCAGAAUUAGAUUAGAGUGUGUCUUUCUCCCUGAUCAAGGAGCAUUUUUUGUAAACUAUGUGAUUGCAUCGUCAUUUAUUGGCAAUGGGAUGGAGCUGCUGCGUUUGCCAGGCCUCAUGCUAUAUACCAUUCGUAUGAUUCUAGCCAAAUCUGCUUCAGAGAGAAAAAAUGUCAAGCAGCAACAAGCUUAUCAAUUUGAAUUUGGAGCAAUGUAUGCUGGGACACUGUGUGUUUUCUCAGUCAUCAUGGCUUACAGCAUCACUUGCCCCAUUAUUGUCCCAUUUGGCUUAAUUUAUAUGCUUCUGAAGCAUACAGUGGACCGACACAAUCUGUACUAUGCAUUCCUUCCUGCAAAACUCGAGAGGGAGCUCCAUGUUGCUGCUGUGAAUCAGGCCUUGGCUGCACCAAUCCUCUGCUUGUUUUGGUUAUAUUUUUUCUCAUUUUUGAGGCUAGGUUUUAAAGCACCUACAACUUUAUUUACAUUCCUGGUUUUAGGUAUAGCUAUUGCUGUUUGCUUAGGCUAUACCUGCUUUAACUGCCUCAAAUUCCUGAGCCCUCUGAAUUACAAGGUAGAACAGUAUGAAACUAGUGAAGGAGUAAGACACGGUGUUUCAGUAUCAACGCCAAAAUCUUCUGUUUAUGUCCCUUAUGUUCUGCAACGUAGUCCUACUGAAAGAACACUUUUGUCUCGUAUGGACCAACGGUACUACGGGACCCUGUCAGAGACCAGUCGAACAAGAGAACGAGUCCUCCAUGUCUCUUAUGCUGAUCAACCUGUAUUCAUUGACGAGUCAUAAAAGUAUGUGUCAUGAUGUCACGGACUAUCACAAGGUGGCGCCCUAGGCCUUAUUUUGGAGCAGCAGAUUUCACUAAAGUGUUCCUAGGUUGCACGGUCUGAUCAUUCAGGGAAGUUUCAGUUCUGCCGAUUUUGCAAUGUUGCCACCUUGGGCUUGGUUGCUUUUAUAGGUCAUUAUGCAAAUUGUAAAAUAGGCAUACUGAAAAACACUGCUCAGAGAAACCACUUUGGUUUACUUUUUUAUGGAAAAAUUAUAUUUUAUGGGCAAGUGCUAGAUCACUGGUAUUCGUUAAACACUUGAGGGUUAAGUCCAAAGGCAACACUUGUUUCUAUAAUAAAUAGAGAAGGAAAAGACAAGUAAAUGAAAUCUGGGGACUGUUCUGAAUUGGCAAGAGUAUUCCUCUUCUGAGAAGAGGAUUUUCCUGCAAAUAUAAAAGGAAGGUGUAUCUAGAAAAAAAGGACUUGGCGUGACAAACAUUGCUUAUUGGAGAUUUUUUAAAACAUGUGGAGUGAGUUUGUUAAUUUUCUGGUCACUGUUUUAAACGCCUCUCACAAGGGAAGCUUAAUUUGCCAAGCAAUAAAGGAUAUGAACAUUUUUAUCAUUUUUAAUAUCUCUGGCUUAUUAAAAAAAGAAGUCGACUUUAAGUGCCAAAAUAUCACAAAUGAAAUGUUAGCUAGUUUUUAAAUUAUGUUUCAGGUGUAAAUUUCUACAAGAAGCUAUGUUGAAUCUAACUGUAAUUAAGCAAUCACAUGGAAUAAAACACUGAAUUCAGAUA